AUGGCAACGACGACAGCAGCGGGCCCCGACUCGAGCUGGGAGGUGGACGACGCGGCCAUCCAGGACCCCGAAGAGGUCAAGGUGCUCUUCUGCGCGCUGGACUCGUUUCUACAAUAUGCAAAGGUGUCGCACUUCCACUGCACACACCUGCGGCGGCAAUCGUUCUACGCGCUGUCGCAAGAGCACUGGCAGAUGCUAGCAGCACCGCCGUUUUCGUAUCUGGAGACGCUAGACCGGGUGGAUGACGCGAUUGAGAGCAACGCGGACCUGGCGCGGGCGAUUGUGCGUUUUGGGCUGGAGUCGUUCUGUGGCGGACAGCCGCCAGGGCCGACCGAGUCGAAAGAGGCCCAAGAGGCCAGAGCGGUCAGCGAGAGAGAACCGUCGCUGCCAGCGCCAUGGGCAGGUAUAGCCAAGCAUACGGAUGUGGACAAGGCACGCAGCACGCUGCGGCAGUUCUACCGCGACUGGUCGGCCGAGGGAGCGGCAGAGCGCGAGCACAGCUACGGGCCGGUGAUGCAAGCGCUGGCAGCGGAAAGGACGGAGAGGACGAAGCGAACAAAGAGUCUGGCGACAGCAGAAGGAGGAGCAGAAGGAGGGGCACCCCUGGAAUCUCUGAAAGUGCUGGUUCCUGGGGCUGGCUUGGGUCGGCUGGUGUUCGAUCUCUGCUGUGCUGGCUAUGCAGCCGAGGGCAACGAGAUCUCGUACCACCAGCUGCUGGCGUCAUCAUACGUGCUUAACUUUGCCCAGCGUGCCGGCCAGCACGCCGUCUAUCCAUGGGUGCACUCAUUCUCGAAUCACGGCACACGUGCCCGCCAGCUGCAGGCCUGCCGUGUCCCCGACGUGCAUCCGGCACAGACGCUACAGACGCUACAGCAGACGGCCGGGUCCAUGAGCAUGUGUGCGGCCGACUUUCUCUGCCUGUACGGCGACGAAGAACACGCGGCCACGUUCGACGCUGUCGCCUGCGUCUUCUUCCUCGACACGGCCCCGAACUUGAUCCGCUACCUCGAAACGAUGUGGCACUGCCUCCGGCCGGGCGGCCUGCUCGUCAAUGUCGGCCCGCUGCUGUGGCACUUUGAAAACCACGCACCAGGCAACCACGGCCGCGAUGACGACGGCGACGGCGAGCAUGAUGCCGCCAGCUCAUCCGGCAUCGCCGAUCCUGGCAGCUUCGAGCUGACUGACGACGAGGUCAUGGCCCUGGUCGCCCGCAUCGGGUUCCAGGUCGAGACCCGCGAGACCGCCCGCGAGACGCCCUACAUCCACGACGACCGCUCCAUGCUGCAGACGGUGUACCGGUCGAGCUUCUGGGUGGCGCGGAAGCCGUGGUGA